AGUUUGUUGGGCAGCCUAACUGCCGGCCUUUUCUAGUCCCAACAUGGCUACAGCAAGAAAGGUUCUGGGCCUGAUUAGUGCAAAACAUUUAAAAUUAAUUGUACCACCAGCGCGAAGUGCAUGUAUCUCUGGCCGUUUAUACCACCAGUGCGCGAAUUGUCGACGGCCAACGAUUGUCACCAUCAACUUGUCCAACAGUCCGCCUGCAACCAAUUUCCAGAGUGUGAGCAAGAACAUUCACACUUCAUCAAAUCUACAAGCUAAGGAUUAUUAUGAGACAUUGGGAGUUAGUAGAAAUGCUUCUGCUUCAGAAAUCAAGAAAGCUUAUUACAAGUUAGCAAAAAAAUAUCAUCCAGAUGUGAAUAAGGAUCCUAACGCUGCGAAAACAUUUCAAGCUGUGUCAGAAGCAUAUGAAAUUUUAGGUGAUGAUACUAAAAGAAAGCAGUUUGAUACAUAUGGCGCGACUGCUGAACAAAUGGGAGGAAUGGGUGGUGGAGGACGCGGGUCAGGUCCACAAGGCUUCAGCCAAAACUGGCAAUAUCAAAGCACGAUUGACCCAGAGGAGCUCUUCCGCAAGAUAUUCGGCGACGCGGCUUUCGGCGGUGGCAAUCGCUCAGGUUUCGACUUUGCUGAAUCGCAGUUUGGCUUCGGUGAGGCCCAGGAGGUCAUCGUGCGGAUAUCGUUUGCUCAAGCCGCGCGCGGCACCAACAAGGAUAUCAACGUGAAUGUCGUUGAUACAUGCCCGAAGUGUGCAGGUAGUCGUUGUGAACCGGGUACCAAGGCAAGUCGAUGCAAUUAUUGCGACGGCACGGGUUUUGAGAGUGUCACUCGUGGCCCAUUUAUGAUGCGUUCAACAUGUCGCUAUUGUGAAGGCACACGCAUGUACAUCAAGAGCAAGUGUAUUGAAUGCGAGGGCAAAGGUCAGACUGUACAAAGAAAGAAAGUUACUGUACCUGUUCCAGCAGGUAUUGAAGAUGGACAAACAGUGAGAGUUUCAGUUGGUCGACGUGAAUUGUUUGUUACGUUCCGCGUUGAAAAAUCGGAUUAUUUCCGUCGCGAUGGUGCUGACGUUCACACCGAAGCUGAAAUUUCUGUUGCACAAGCCUUACUUGGUGGUACAAUUCGCGUACAAGGAUUGUACGAAGAUCACACUAUUCAGAUUCUCCCUGGAACAUCUUCGCACACACGACUCCGUUUGAGUGGAAAGGGAAUGAAGCGAAUCGACGGUUACGGUCACGGCGAUCAUUACGUGACCUACAAGAUAUCAGUGCCGAAAUAUCUGAAUAAGGAGCAAAAAACGUUGUUGCAAGCCUACGCCGAGUUGGAGACUGACACGCCAGGCCAAAUUUUGGGUGUUACCGUCAAAUCAGAUGGAAGUAAAAUCUCUGUGAAUGAUCCAUUGAAUCUUCUCGAAUCUAUUAGAGGCGUAUUGGAGGAAAAUAGAAAACAGCAGGCAUCUAAAAAUAGUCAGACACAACAAACUAAAACCACUGCUAGCCCUAGUACUGAUACGACAUUGAAUGAUUCUAAAAAGUCGAAACCUUCUUCCAAAACAGCCCAGCCGGAAAAACCAGCGCCGCAUCCAAAAACAACAACUGAGGGUAGUGGCGGUGCAAAUUCUAAAUCUACCGAGUCUACAGAUGCAGAUGCACUGAAUGAUGAAAUGGAUCUAAAAAAAGAAAAGAAGGCUACGCGUAAUUCGUAGCCUAGUUUUGUAAAUUACUAAACAUUCUUCAAUUGGCAUUGAAUCUUUUGAUAUUGAUGUCAAUUUAGUGACAAAUUUCUGAAUAAUAUUCGUAACCUACUAUUAUUUUGACUUUCCAUGUUGCGUGUAGUUGGUUUAUGAUUGAGAGAUGUUAUAAUCUGUCGACAGAGUUUAUAAGUUUAUAGUGCCUGAAAUAUAGAUGUUGGAACAAAA